AUGCCAUUAUUGAAUAAUUAUGCCAACGUGAAUAUAUUGCAGUCAAAAUGCUUAACAGCGUCAUAUAGGUUAAAACAUAAAGACGGUAAAGAAAAAAAGAUACCAAAUGUGGUGAUAGAUGUGGAUGCUGGCUCUGACGAUGCCAUUGCUCUAUUGUUGCUGAUUGCUGCUCAUAAACGCUGCGACAUCAAAUUGAGAGCUAUCACCUGCGUUGGCGGCAAUGCCCAUUUAGAUCACGUCAUAGUCAAUGUUAUGAGAAUUUUAGAAGCCACAAAGGAAACAAAAAUCCCAGUCUACAAAGGAUGCAGAGACGCCCUGAUUCCAUCAAAAAUCUCCAACCCCGAAGAGGUAGGUUGGCACGGCAAAGACGGAUUUGGAGACGUCAAACAUAAGAAGGAGCCAAAUAUGUGUCGAUUGCAAGAAGAACAUGCCGUUGUAGCCCUAAACAAAUUGGCUUGCAAAUAUGCUGGAGACAUUACAAUGAUCUUCGUAGGUCCCCUGACAAACGCCGCAUGUUGCAUUAAAAUGUACCCGAAAUUCGUGAAGAUGGUCAAACAUUUCUAUGUCAUGGGUGGUAAUUGGAUGGGUGUUGGUAACAUGAGCAAUGCCGCUGAGUUCAAUUUUGGAAUGGAUCCUGAAGCUGCCCAUAUUCUAUUCAAUAACGUUCUAAACCAAGUUGUUGUUUUACCAUGGGAAACUUGCUUCAAUUCCAAAUUAACAGCGAAAUGGCGUAUGGAAACCAUGGGAAAAGUUAACAACCCUUACAUGAAGAUGAUGAACAAGGUAGAACAAAGUAUUUUCAAUAUGCACCCGCACGUAGCCUACGAGGCUUGCGACCCAUCUUGUGUGGCCUGCUUCUUAAAUCCGAAAGUUAUCAAAAAAUUCGUUGAUAUCCACAUAGGAAUUGAAUUAAAUGGAAAAUUAACACGUGGUCAAAUGGUCUUAGAUCACACACGAUCCAUGAAGGAUUCUUGCAAACCAAAUGUUAGAAUUGUUACAGCUUUACACACUGACAUCUUUAAGAAGAUGCUUAUGUUUGCUGCUGGACAUAAAAAUCCAGGAUACUAA